UCACACUGAUCUUCUUCUUCAUUUGGGUUGAGCCGAUGACUAUUCAGAGCCUCUCAUCAAUCAUCCCUACUCAUAUCAUCCCUCGCUCGCCCGUAGAGCUCUCGGGUCUCGAUCUUCAUCCAAGAAAGACUAGCAGAGGUUUUUUUGAUCGCAACUUAUUUAGCUUCAAUUUAAUUUUUGGUUUACUAGCUUCUGUUGAUUAUGCAUUCUGCUAUUUUAGUUCUGGUAAUUAAAUUAGACUUCCUCGCUUUCCUGAUAAUCAAUUGUUGUUUACAGAUUUCGGCUAGCUGAUUGUUAUUUGUGGUUUAUAGACUUUCUGCUAGUAUUUUAUUAAUUGUUAGGCCUUGUUCCACUGUUGUUUUUGGCCUGGUUCAAGCAUUUCCCUUGCACUCUGAGCUCAUAAGUCAUUAGAGAUGGAAAUGGUAAUGCAAUUCCAAAUUUAGCUUACUAUGAGAUGCUGUUCUGCUAAACAAAAAAAAGAGAGAUGCUGCUCUGGUUAAAAACCAAUAAUCAUGAUGCAAUAGAAGUCUGAUAUAGUCUUACACCCUAUUUAGUUCCAUUUUAUUCAAACUUUUUUGCCAUUUUUUUUGGCACAGUUAGCAAUGCAAUAUGGUAUAUGGUUUUUUAUUAUGACAAAUAAAUACUAUUUUUAUAUACAAGUAUUAUGCAAAACUGAAUUGGACCGAAUGACGGAUAUUUGAAUGGCUAAAAACAGAACCGAAUAAUCGAUUCUUUUUUUAUUUAUUGUAAAAUUUCUGUCUUUGGUUUUGGGUAAAAAAAUACCUGUAGAAAUACAGAUAUUUAUUGUCUGUAUUUGUCUUGUAUAAAUUUUGAUGUACUUUGCUAUAAAGUAAGAUUCCUAAUUUUUAUUCAAAAAUUUAAGGACUCUGUGGUUUUAAUUAUUAAAAGAGUAUGAGGACUUACGAAUAAGCUCAGUGUUGGCCUCUUCUUCUUCUUCUUCAAUUUGAAUCUCUAUGCGUAUGGGUUUUUUUCUUCGAUUUGAGAGAUUCAGGCUGUGGAAUUGAAAUACAAGUUUGAGCUAAGAGGGCAGAUGAAGAAGAGGCAUGUGUAGUAGACUUGACUAAUCGAGUUAUAGGGAAUCAAAGGGAGGAUUUAAGGUUUAUUUGAUAUUUGCAUUUUGGUUCACUCCGAGUUCAGUGCGCCGAAGAAAAUGUUUGCAAUCUACAGAAACUCGCGUCGUCAAUGUUCAAUAUCCAUUUCAAACAUUUCCAAAAUUUGCAGUUUUUUGGUUGCUGGUGAUCGCAGUCUGUUAUAUUUGGAAAGGAAAACAUUGUCCACACAUGUAAUCGGUCCUGCACUGUGGAGUUGUUUCCAGCCAUUGAAAUUCUUCCCUGCAUUCUCCUAUGAUUUUCACAGAUCAUUUAGUACUUACCAGAAGCGGGUGGAUGCUAAACAAAAUGAUGUUUCAUUUGUACUGAAGACGGAUAAAGAUGUGGUGAGAUUUUGUGUUGGUGAAGAUAAGGAGAAUGAUGGGUCACUUGGAAAAGCUAAGAAAACAGCAAAAAAGUUUAAAAUGUCUAAAAGAGCUAAAGUGAACGAACUUAGGUUUUACAGGUUGAAGGCAAAGAAGAAAAUGAAAUCACCGAAUCCCGAAGUUAGAAUAAGAUACAAGCUUGAUAAGGCUAAACGAAAGGAGGUUUGGUUGAUAGAGAAACUGAGAAAAUUUGAGGUUCUCAAUGCUGUAGCUGAACCACAUGAUCCUGAAAUUUUGACCGAAGACGACCGCUUUUACUUGAAGCGCAUUGGCGAGAAAAAGAAAAAUUAUGUACUUGUUGGAAGACGAGGUGUGUUUGGAGGUGUAGUAUUAAACAUGCAUCUUCACUGGAAAAAUCACGAGACGGUGAAGGUUGUAUGCAAGCCUUGCAAGCCUGGGCAAGUUCAUGAAUAUGCUGCAGAGCUAGGACGUUUGAGCCAAGGCAUUGUUAUUGGCAUUAACCCUGACAAUUCAAUCAUAUUUUAUCGAGGAAGGAAUUAUAUCCGACCUGAUGUUUUGUCACCUCGAGAUACUCUUUCCAAGGCAAAGGCAUUGGAGAAGUACAAGUUGGGUCAGUCACUCGAUCAUACAAGUCAGUUUAUUGAGAAAUUAGAGAAAGAACUAGAAGAGUACCACAAAUACCUUGCUAAGAAAAGGGAAAGAGAUGCUUUGACGAGUUUGGAUGCGAAUGUUUAACGGUAUCAUAUAGUUAGCAUGCUAAAAGUUAGUAAUUUAUUCAUCGCCGUUUCAACGAGUCAUUUAUCCUUUUUCUUAGAUUGCCUCGGAGAUAUGUAACAUGUCAAGGUCCCGUAUAUUGGCUAGAAAAGUUGUCUCCUUAACAGGAAAACAGAAAACAUGCUUAAUUCUUUUGUUCUCAAAAUUCAGAAAGCAUGUUUAUUUUACUAUUUUUUUUUCAAAUUUAGAAAUGUGAGAACUGUCAAAUUA